GUUCUUCCUCGCUUCUUCUCCAAAGCCUUCACAACUUUUCAAACAUCUCUCUAUAAAAACUCCAUUUAAAAAAAAAAAAUAGUAAUAUCUUAACUAUUCUUUGGGAUUCAGAAGCAUGAAGAGCUUACUGUCUUUUCAAGCUGUUGUCCUGUUUCUACUAUUAGCCGGCUCGGAGCUAGCCUCGGGUCAAACCGACACCAGAAAUGAGCAGUAUAGUUACGGAAGCGGGCUAAGUCCCGCCAUGGCUGUAGCGAUUGUUGUCGUGAUCGCUAUCCUCUUCUUCAUGGGGUUCUUCACCGUCUACCUCCGCCGCUACACGGGCGCAGUCGACGGCAGCGUUAAUAAUCCUAGAGUAGGAGCGACGAGAGUGGCGCACGCGACGGCGCGUGGUCUCGACGCGUCGGUGAUCGAGACGUUCCCGACGCUCGUGUACUCGGAAGUGAAAACGCAGAAGAUCGGGAAAGGUGCGUUGGAGUGCGCGAUUUGUCUGAACGAGUUCGAGGACGACGAAACGCUGCGUUUGCUUCCUAAAUGCGAUCACGUGUUCCACCCUCACUGUAUCGGAGCUUGGCUUCAGGGUCACGUGACUUGUCCGGUUUGCCGCACGAAUCUCGCCGAACCGGUCGAACCGGAAGUAGUAACCGAAAUUGAUAUCGAGUCGCAGCAAUCGGUGGUGGUUCCUGAACCGGCGGUGGAGCUCGGCGGGAGUGUUGCUACUACAAGUGUCAAAUUCUCGAGGUCGCAUACGACGGGGCAUUCGGUGGUAUUACCUGGAGAAUGUACCGAGCGGUUUACGUUAAGGUUACCGGAAGAUUUAAGGAAGAAGAUAAUGGCGAGUUGGAAGAUGAACCGGUCGAAUAGUCUAUUGGUUCUACCGAGGGGAGGAAGCUCUAGAAGUGGUAAACCGGUUGACCGAUCAAGGGCUCGGUCGGACCGGUGGUUGUUCCGCAAAACACAAUCGUUUAUGUGGAGGAGCCGGGACGAUGGUUCAAUUAGGCUAGGUGGUACAGGUAGCAUUAGAGCAGUAACCAGUCCGACCGGUGAUACGGUACGAACAGACCGGUGGAAUUUUCUAAGAAACCCGUCGUUUAUGUGGAGGAGUACACCGGUUCCUUCGCCAAGAAUUGAAGUUAAUAAGGACGGUGAAGGAACAUCAUCGGUUUAAGUUCAACAUACCGGUACAGUUGGUUUAGCUAGCGGUACUGUUAGGUUGCCGGUUUAAUUGGUUAAGAACUCUUUUUCUAUCAGAACUACGAUAGAUUUGUGUCCAUUGCAUUGUUCAUACAAUAGAUUUUGUGUGCAUUGCAUUUUGUUCAUACAAUAUAUUUUACGCAAUUCUUUAAUUUUAUUUAUCUUUUCUGGUAAUAUAUUAAAUGUCAAUAGACUCAGUCCCAUGGACAAGGAGACUGUUUUAUUGUAUUUUGUGCUUUUCUUCAUAAAGAAAAUCGACUUUUGUAACAUCUCCUUUAUUCAUAUAUUUUUGUUUACUUUCUUUA